GUGUCGAAUGUACGUCGUUCAUGUAUAUAUCCUUAGCAUUAUGCUUGUGUGUAUGUUGGCCAAGAAUCACAUUUUUCAGACCUGAGCUGUCAAGAGUUUCAGACCAAAAUAUGAAACUGUCGUGCGAUAAACUUCCUGCGUAUGCAGCUAUUUUGUCUCGAGCGCAUGCUGCUUGUAACAUUGUAGCAAACAGUUAUUAUUAGUCUGCAAGUUUAGCUGUGCUACAAUGUUGGAAGGAAUAAUAGAUAAGCAUUAUCCGAGCGUUCUCACAACAAAUUAUAUGUAACGUUUUCCAAUAAAUUUACGUCACAACAUUUGUCAUCAAAUCUGAUGGCUCGCUAUACUACACAUUUCUUGCUGUUGGAAGACACACCCUCCACAUUUAUUUAUUGUACUUCCGUGCAUCGGACGGGGUGGCACAAGCGUUGAUCACGCCAGUCAGUUGAAUUGGCUAAACAACAUUCUCACGUUUCGAGGAGCGUCUAUGACAGCCUAGCCGUGAAUGAUACUGUAUGUUGUCUUUUCUGAAAAUGUAUCGAACCCGAAGGGUAAUCGCAGCACCGGAUUGUGGUAAACAAGCAACAUCAAGGACCAACAAUACAUCCUGACGCUACAGUAUGGCCUGGGCUCUCACAGCAUGGAAUUGGGUAGGAACCAAGACUCUGUGGAUUUCAGAGUAACGUUACACCAUUUUACCCAAGACCUACUUUCGAGAGGCAGAGGGUGUGCAUUGUCUAAGUGGGAAUGGGAAACUGGUGUUGUCCUGCUGCUAGUCCCUGUGACAAUGUGGAGGAGAUAAGUGGGUUACUUCAUGGGGGUGUCGAGGUUCCAGCAUCCUCAUCAGAAUGUGGAGAGGUCGCUGGAUUCCACAAUGGUUCCGAGGAAGAUUCUGAAGUGAGGAAAACGGGAGGAGACGAUGCAGAGGACAAUAAAGACAAAGAGGUGGCUGUUGUGACUGUGCAGGUGUGCUGUAGUGUCCCUCCCAAAACCAAUGGAAAGGAAGACAUUGCCCAGCCCCAGACUAUAGAGAAGAAUGGACUCCUCCAGACAGAAGACAGACAGGCUGAGGAGCCGUCUCCCAACACAGGCACUGGACUCAUAGCAAACUCCAUCCUUACAGCACUGGACAAAAGCAUUGAGGAUACAGCCACAGAGAGCACAAAUGUAGAAGCUCAGAUAUGCACUUCAGAUCCUCCCCAGGGUCCCCAUAAGGAAGAGGUGCAAGGAGGAGGAGAUGCAGAGAAGGUCCUGGCUGAGAUAGAUGUAGCUGUACUUGCUGAGCAGACCUCCACUGUGGUCCAAAAUGAACACUCAGAUAAUAUAACAGUUACACCUGAUGCUAAGGACAAAUGCCCUGAAGCCUUUGCUCCCAAAGCUGAGAUACCAGUAGAAUCCAUUACCUCUGAAACUGUGGAUGAGGAUUCAACAAUACCUCUCCACAAUGCAGUGGAUGUACUGUCAGAGCCAGAGAAGUGUUGUCUUGGCACUGUGGUGGUCACAUCUCUCCCAGACUCCCAGCUCACCCCACCAGAGCCCUGUGAGAAGGCAGCAUCUACCGACAGUGUCCCUCACCUGCCCUCAUCUCCAUCUCCCACUAUCACUGUGAUAAAGGGGGUUGAUGGUAAAGAGAAUAGGAGCUCUGUAGCGCACCUGAAUGACAGUCCACAGGAUCCUGAGGCUUCUCCAGCUUUAACAGGAGCUUCGGAGCCCACACAGAAUGGUCUGGUUCCCCAAAACCUCACUGGACUGGUGAAGGAACCAGUGAGAAAAAGUCCCUCUGGGACCAGAAAGAGUCAAAACUCCUGUGAACAAGUGAAGGAAGGUACCCAGGAAGGAUUGGUUGAAGUCCCAUCUUUGGAAGACCUCUUAGAUGAAGGAUCGGAGGAAGAAGUGCCAGAAACAAAGGAACAGGAGGAUGAGGAGAUGGAGAGUGCUGCUGCAGAGGCCAUGACAGGGGAUGAGAUGGGAGGGGAGGAGGCCCAAAAAGGAGAGGCCCAUCAGGGGCCCAGCACCUCUGCUGAUUUGGAGGUGUUACAAGUGAGGGAAGAAGAUGGUCCUGCUGGGGACGAUCUGGGAGUUAGCGAGGAAGACCUGUAUCGAGGAGCUGAAGAGCUCCCCCAGGGGCCAGUGAAACAUGCAGGCCCGGAGUCACUGUUUGAAAUCACACUUCCUAAGGUUGAGGACCGAUGCAGUCUGGAGCCAAUGGUGGAUAUUAUGUCCUACAGUGAGAGAGAGUGGAAGGGAAACACUGCCAAAAGUACCCUUAUUAGAAAGGGUUACACUGAGCUGUCUCAGAGGUUUGGGAGCCUGAGACGGGUGAGAGGAGAUAACUACUGUGCCCUCCGAGCCACUCUGUUCCAGGUGCUCUCCACCAGCACCCAGCUGCCUGUCUGGCUGCAGGACGAACACAUUUCCACGUGGCUGGAGGAGCUGGAAUGCCUGAUUGGCCAGUGGAUGUUCCCCUCAGAGUGCAGACAGAGGGAGGGAAGCGAAGAUGCCGUCCAACAGCUCAAACGCUACAUGGAACUCCUCCAGAACAGGUGGCAGGCGGCGGUGGGAUGCUCCAGUGCGGAGGAGAGAUUGUGUCUGUUUGAGCGUGUGUUCCAGGGAGGGGAGGAGGAGCUGGGCCUGCUGGAAGCCCUGAAGCUCCUCAUGCUGGGCCGGGCCGUGGAGCUCCACACCACCAUGCAAGAGGGAGGAGACGUGCCCGUCUUCUGCUGGCUUCUCUACGCACGCGACUCUUCCGACUGCCCACGCAGCUUCCUGUCCAACCACCUGAGCCAAGUGGGAUUCAGCGGGGGGCUGGAGCAGGUGGAGAUGUUUCUGCUGGGGUAUGCCUUGCAGUGCACCAUCCAAGUCUACAGGCUGUACAUGGCACACACAGAGGAGUUUAUCACCUAUUUUCCCGACGACCAUAAGGAAGACUGGCCCUGUGUAUGUCUGGUCACAGAAGAUGACCGGCACUACAAUGUCCCAGUGGGCCAGCCGAAUGGACUCCAGGUCCCAGAAGACCUCAAUGCAAGCUGAUUGGACUCAAAGUCCCUGAUUUGCCACUGAAGAAGCUGCUCAUGGCAGGCAGAACAGAAAGCACUCAUGUUGACUGGGUGAAUGCUGAACAUAUUCCUGCCUAUUGACAUUAUGGCCCCAUUUACACCUGUUAGAAAAAGAGCUUUUGGAAUCUGACUAGAACUGAUGAUUAAAUAUAUAUCAGAUCACAGGAUGCAUUUUUUUUAACAGCAGGUGUAAAUGGGUACUAAAAGAGCUUUUGGAAUCUGACUAGAACUGAUGAUUAAAUAGAUAUCAGAUCACAGGAUGCAUUUUUUUUAACAGCAGGUGUAAAUGGGUACUAAAACACCCAUAAAAGGGUGAGAGCAGAGUAGGCAGAGGUCAAUUCUUCACAGCACAUUUUAGCCUUGUUUGACACUGAAACCAUGACCUUGAAUCAAUUUUAGCUACCAGUUAGUUAUUGGUACUUAAAUUUAGAAGUUUAUUUUUUAUGUAACUCAUGAAAUACACAAUUUUAUUGUAAGGUUAGCAGUAACUGCAUUUUUAGAGAUGGGUUAACUGGAGUAUAGAAAGCUUGUUUGAUAAUUUGUACCUGCGUCAGUGGCAUGCCAGGUCUCUGCUUGCUGCCAUACGCUCGAGUAAAGGUGUGGUAUUAUUUCAAAAGUAACAUGCUGCCUUUAGCCAAGGUGCUCUUGGAGAAAAUGCAUUGUGCCAAUGUUGUUGAAAAAUCCAGAUACUGGCAACAGUUUCCUGGUUCAUUGUCAAACCAGCAGCCUCUGAGUUGGGUUCUACAUAUGAAGCCUGGCCUGGUCCUCCAUGUUGCCUUAAGUCAUUUAUGCACAAUAUGGGUGAACAUUGGUUGCUGCCUGGAGACCAUUUUGGUAAAAAAAAAAAAAUGUAACACUGAUUAUACCACUUGGGUAAACACUUUUGUGCAGUAUGAUUGCAGAGUUUUAAAG